AUGCCGAACUUCAGAGUUCAUACUUCAACGCUCUUCGAUCCAAAGAAAAAGGCUUUUACCCACAAUGUGUCGAUCACGGUUGACCCCAAGACAGGCACCAUCGUCUCCGUAGACCAGCGGCCUGACGCCGAGAUUUAUGAGCUGGGCUCUGAUGAUAUCGAUCUUCGGGGCAAGGUGGUAAUGCCUGGUUUUGUUGACGCUCAUACUCAUAUCUUCCUGCACGACUACAACGAGCGCCCCGCAGCGGAGCAGCACCGAGAUGAGAGCAUCGUGGAGCGCGUUGUGCGUGCCACAAACCAUGUGCGGACCGCCUUGCUUGCCGGCUACACGACAUAUCGUGACUUGGGAUCGGAGGCGAUGCAAAGUUUUGAUGCAAACCUUCGAGACUGCAUUAAUCGCGGCAUUAUUCCGGGGCCGAGGCUGUUUGUCGCGACGCAUCCACUAGGUAGCACAGGCGGGUUCGAGGUGAGGACGGAGAACUAUUACGGGGGUACGAGAGCACCGUCUGCCUCUGACCCUGGCGAUGGACCGGACGGCGUAAGACAGGCAUUGCGACGACGCGUCGCCGAAGGUUGCGAUGUCAUCAAAUUUUAUGCAGACUAUCGCCGGAAAAUCAUGAGGUUUCCGCCUAGCCAGCAGCAUCCGUACAGAUUAGGUAUAGAGUUUCCUCCGGCAGCGCCAAAUCCAAAUGUACCUCUAUUCAGCCAGGAGGAGAUGGAUAUGAUCGUGAAAGAAGCCAAGUUGGCCGACCUGCCAGUUGCGGCGCAUGCGGGAGGGCUGAAAGCUGCGCUGAUGGCAGUGAAGGCUGGAGUGACAUCUAUCGAGCACGGUUUUGAGGCUUCAGACGAACUACUCGAACUCAUGAAAUCCCAAGGAACCAUCUGGGUACCGACACUUGCAGCUGCGGAGACGUUGAACAGGAGCGGCAUGAAGAACCUACUUUCUCAAACAAAGCGAGCACACGAUCUCGGAGUCAAGCUCGCCGCUGGUGGAGACACUGGGGUCUUCUCGCAUGGCAGGGGUGCCAGAGAGAUGGAGCUCAUGAUUGAAGCUGGCCUCCAGCUAGAAGACGUACUCGAGGCGUGCAUGAUUGGUGGUUGGGAGAGCUGCGGAAAGGACCAAUGCGGCUACAGAUUUGGCUGGUUUGAAAGGGGGAAUCGUGCAGACAUAAUUGCGCUGCAAACAGACCCUAGACAUGACAAAUUUGCUCUACGGAAAAUAGAUUUCGUGAUGAAGGAUGGCAGAGUAUGGAAAAAGAACGGCGAGGCGGUCGGAAUGGUCGAAGACCACUUUCCAUGGUGA